GGGACAAUGCCACAAUGCUAUAUAUUGAGGCCUUCCUAGCUCUAACUCCUUCAUCGAAUGUUUUUGCUCUCUGUUCUCUCUUGUAUCAAAUAUUAGGACGGUUCGGUCUCAAUCUCUGUCAUUGGUGAGAAGAAAAUGUCGAUCCCGCCGAAUUCACUAUGGAGAGGCUGUGCAGCACCCUUCCCUCAACCUCUCGAUGACGACGACGUGCGUGCAGCUCAAUUUUUGGUUGAAACUGUUUAUUACUUUAAUUGCCGUGUUGCAGAUCCCCCACUGGCUGACAUCGUUUACAGAAGCAGCAGUGGAGAAGAAGACAUACUCCGCCAUGUGUUCCGCUGGGAUCUUACCCCCUAUCAGGAGGUAUUUCAAAAUGGCUUCCAAGCGAGGCGUACACAAGACACUACCGACCAAGUCUACUUCAAUCUGGAUCACUAUGUCCAUAAUGGUGGUACGCCUCUUGAUUCCCGCAGACCAGCCACCCACGCCUUCGUUAGCACCACCCUUAACAGCGGUUGGCAUCCCGACGUCCCUCAGACUGUGGAAGUAUAUCGUUAUGAGAUAUAUGCUCCUGGUGGCAUUUGGGUUGCUGAGACUCUUGGUGAUCGGUACCUGUACCCUUCUCAAGACGAGGUCUCCUUUGUUGCGGGCAUUGCCCCUCAAUACAUUCGCUCUGCCCAACGCUUCAGGCUUGUUAGUGAUGGAAGGUAUACAACACGGGAGCGACUCGGCACUGUAAUAAGAGUAAAUGGGAACUUCAAUCCACGAUCGCAUCCAUCACGGUUGCUCAACAUUCGGAGGCCAGUAUUUGACUACGUGGCUGAAAAUGGUACGAGGCAGCUUCUAACCCUUAGCAUUUGCCGAUCCCCUGCAAUCUCCCUCGCUGCCACCAACAAUAAUUUCCGAGCCCCUGCCAUCUCUGGGCUACAACUCGCUGCCAUCAAAGAUAAUUUCACUACCACAGAUUGGUAUGCUGGCGAUGUGGCUAACUAUGAAAGCUACAUAGAUGCUGCAUUCCGUUCGUCUCGCGGAAAUGAAGCCUAUCUAUUCAUGAAGAACGAGUAUGUGCUAUUGGACUAUGCUCCUUGCGGCACAAACGACAAGGUAUUGAACGGACCGCUUCUUAUCUGCGAUGGGUAUCCAUCUCUCAAGGGCACAGUCUUUGCAGAACAUGGUAUAGACUCUGCUUUCGGGUCUCACGAUCGGGAUGAAGCUUUUAUCUUCUCUGGGAAUCUCUCUGCACACAUUAACUUCGCACCACACACCACAAAUGACAAGAUAAUCAAAGGGCCGAUUAGCAUCUCUGACAUGUUCCCCUUCUUAAGAAACACGGUGUUUGAAAGCGGCAUAGACGCCGCGUUUGAGUCAACGACAAAAUAUGAAGCUUACCUCUUCAAAGACGACAAGUAUGCUCUUAUAAACUACGGUUCUUGUACUGCACGCCUCAUCCACGUCAAGCCCAUCCGCGACGGCUAUCCUAGCUUGAAAAACACCAUCUUUGCAAGUGGAAUCGAGGCAGCGCUUGCUUCACACAGGUAUAAUGAGGCAUACCUUUUCAAAGGAGAUUCCUACUGCUGGAUCAACUUUGCUCCUGGCACCAGAAAUGACUUCAUCACUGGCGUGAAGCAAAUCCGUCCCAAUUGGCCUUCCCUCCGAAGCAUUUUGCCUCGCAAAAACCGUGGCCUUGACGUUCACAAUCACACUAGCCCUGGUCCUGAUGAUGAUGACCGUGACCAGGAUGAACUCUAAAAUAUCAGUCCAAAGUGAUGCAUGGCAUGACACAACGGAUUCUUAAGUUGCCCGUUGUCUGAGUAACGUUCACACAACAAUUAAUGUUGUCGAGAGCCUGUUGACAUGCUAUCGACAUGGAUGCCGAGUUCUUCAGACGACGGUUCUCUAAAUCAUGUUUCAUCAGACGACAGCGAGAUAUACGACAAUCAGUUCUGUAUCAGACGACAGUUUUUAGCCGUCGUCUGAUUCAAUUUUUGUACUAGUGAGAGUUUGACUCAUCGGUUUCUAUUAGUCGGAAUAAUAAAGGGCCCGUGUGUGUUGGCCUGUGUUUGUUUUUGUCUCUUCUGGUGUUGGGUUUGUAUUUUAAAAUAUUAAUAUGUGGGUCUCAAUGUGGCUUCUGUAUUGUAAAAUAUUAAUAAAAUCAUGAGACUAUUACCUAAAUA